UACAGGGAUGACCAGAGACUGCGGACACGGUACAGGGAUGACCAGACUGCGGACUGCGGACACGGUACAGGAGAUGACCAGAGACUGCGGACACGGUACAGGAGAUGACCAGAGACUGCGGACACGGUACAGGGAUGACCAGAGACUGCGGACACAGUACAGGGAUGACCAGAGACUGCGGACACAGUACAGGGAUGACCAGAGACUGCGGACACAGUACAGGGAUGACCAGAGACUGCGGACACAGUACAGGGAUGACCAGAGACUGCGGACACAGUACAGGGAUGACCAGAGACUGCGGACACAGUACAGGAGAUGACCAGAGACUGCGGACACAGUACAGGAGAUGACCAGAGACUGCGGACACAGUACAGGGGAUGACCAGAGACUGCGGACACAGUACAGGGGAUGACCAGAGACUGCGGACACAGUACAGGGGAUGACCAGAGACUGCGGACACAGUACAGGAGAUGACCCAGAGACUGCGGACACAGUACAGGAGAUGACCAGAGACUGCGGACACAGUACAGG